CUGCAGGUACCUAACUGUUCUCCACAUUAUUAACUGAAAUGCAUUAGUGUCUAGCAUGAGAUAAGUUGAAUUUUAGCGUAACACUUGCAACUGAAUUUCCUACACGAUUGCAGAUGUGAAAAUGUGGCAGAUGUUGGGGACCAAGUACUUCGAUGUUGCGGCGCAGGAAGAGGAAGGCUACCAGCAGACGAUGGGCUCUUCGCAGCAGCCGACAGCUGAGUUUAUCACAGCCUUCUGCGCCGGCUGUAUCAUACGCCGCUGGCUGUGCCCUUAGCCCGGCAGUCGCAGCCAGCCCCGCCUCCUCUGAGGACGCCUCGGCGAAGGCAGUGAAGCAGUGGGCUCCGGUGGUAGGAGUCCGGAUGCUGCUGCUAGCGGUGGGUGGUGUGUGCCACGGCUGGAGGAGCAGGCUAGCACAGGUAUGCGCUGGGUUGCUGAAUGCCCUACUCUACUGGAGAGCCCACACACAGCAGCUGGAGAGCCUUCAGCAGCAAGUGGCUGAGAUGAAGAGGGAGAUGAAGGUUCUGCACUGUGCUCUGCAGUUUGGUGCCGAAGCCAAGGCUGUAUGCUGCUGUCACAGGGGCGAAGUGGGAAUAAUGAGGCCUUCUCUAACGUGUGGAUCCACCGUGGAUCCCCUCCCUGCACUUACACUGCCAGCUCCACCUCCUCCACCUCCACCUCCACCACCCCCCCUGCCUCCACCCCUACCUGCCCUACUGCCAAAGAAUCCACUCCUGUCAAUCAAGAAAAGAGCCACGCUCAAGAUUCUAGAGGGCUCUCAGGAGAAGCAAGUCUGUGCUGCCCCAGUGACUUUGAAGGACCUGCGGGCUGUAAAGCUGAGAAAGAUAACCGAUCCAAUUAGCAAACAAAAGGUGUCCCCAGCCAAGAAGUCUGCCCCCCUGGUCACCGUGGCGGACCUCCAAAAUGUCCGCCUGCGACGAUCUCUCGGCCAGCUGCCCCCCAAAAUCUGCCUGAGCCUGAACAGAUCACCCAACAAAAGCCCGCUGAGUCUGCGUUCUCACCUGAAAAAGGUCCAGAUUGACAGAAGCCCUGGGGGGACCCCGCUGGUCGACAAGGAGAACAGGGAGACGGGCACCGGCCUCACCCCCCUCAUGACCCAGGCCUUGCGCCGAAAAUUCCAGAGUGCAUUGCCAAGAAGCCCCUCUCCGAGAUCCAAGUCCAUCAACACUAUUGAUGAACAGAAUUGAGCUUUGGCUUUUUGAAGUCAAACGCCGAUGGAUGGCUUUGUCAUCCUUAACCAAGUGCCUUUGCGUUGUGAGAACAGUAUGCAAGCUUCAAGGGAUUUAUCACCUUGGUUUUACGGAAAGGUGGAAUAUGAUGUGCACGUGCUCUUUUCUACAGUGUUACUUAUGCUGUGCUCCCUGCUGCUUUCCACCCUUGGUCCAUGUGUACUGUUGUUUAAAGUGUAUCCGUGGAGGAUUUUUAACGUGGGUGUGUGUGUGGGUCAGGACCUGAACAUACACAAGUCUGUUUGUUUACUGUACCAUUUCAUUCUUGUAUUGUCCUGUUUUUUUUUUAUCCAUGGGAGACCCAGAUUAUCUGCUUGAUAAUAUUAACAGACCUUGGAGACCUCAGUCAUUGUCAGAAUUUGGAUGUUUGGAAAUUUGAAACCCUCAGACAUUAACUGUCUGUUAGGUGACCAACUCAUCAUAACACUCAGGGAUACAGGUGGACACUGAGGGCCUCUUGUGUGUAUUGUCUGCCUCAAGAGAGGACUACAAUGAUUGUGGGUGGGGCAAAGAAAUGUUUAAGAUUGGCAGAGACAGACCUGGAAGGCCCUGUAGUGUUGCUGGGAAAACCUUGGACCCAAAUUGGAAUGGGUGAAAAAAGAACUAUUUAAAAGAAAAAUGAAAAGAUCGUUAGGGUUUUCUUAAAAGCACAACCAAGUUGCAGUUGGCAUUUCAGAUUUCUAAUGAAAGGUGUUUUUGUGUGGGCAUGUUUUCAAGGCACAAGUUUUAAGCGUACUCUAAAAAUUUGAGAUCAUUCAGAAUUUGUUUAUGCUGCCUGUGGUUGUAGUAUGCUGCCAUUUGCACAAGGGGUCUGACUCCACUGAUAAUUUGGUAUUUUAAUACUCUGUUUUAAUAAUUGAAAUAAUGUAUGUUAUUUGUGAGGCUUUUGUCCUGCAUGAUAUUUACAUGUUUUCUAAAAUAACCAAAAUGUUAUUUGUCACUUUAAGUAUUUGUAAUUUUUAUUGUGCGGCUUUGCAAUGUAAUGUGUUUUUUGUAUAGAGAGCUGUUCUUUUAUUAAAAGGGAAAUAUUAAAUUUUUGACGACA